AUGGCUAACUCGCAAUACACGCUGCCCAAGCUUCCCUACGCUUACGAUGCGUUGGAGCCUCACAUCUCGGCCCAGAUCAUGGAGCUUCACCACAGCAAACAUCAUCAAACCUACGUCACCAACCUGAACAAGGCUAUCGAGACAUACAAUGCCAACCCCUUGCAGAACCGCAUUGCCGUUCUUGCGGCCCUCAACUUUAACGGCGGCGGUCACAUCAACCACUCCUUGUUCUGGGAGAACCUCUCCCCUGCCUCCAGCCCAGAUGCCUCCCCUGAUUCUGCUCCCCAGCUCAUCGCUGAGAUCACGCGCGUCUGGGGCGGUUUGGACAAGUUCAAGCAAGCAUUCAACGCUGCAUUGCUAGGUAUUACCGGUAGCGGCUGGGGCUGGUUGAUCAAGGACGACACUACUGGCUUGAGCAUCAUUACGACUAAAGACCAGGAUCCCGUGACCAAGGGCGUGCCCAUCUUUGGCGUUGACAUGUGGGAACAUGCAUACUACCUUCAGUACUUGAACGGAAAGGCAGCGUAUGUGGAAAAUAUUUGGAACGUCAUCAACUGGAAGACUGCCGAGUCAAGAUUCUCUGGCUCUCGGGACGAUGCUUUCAAGGCUCUGAAGGCGGUUCUCUAG